GUAUGUGAGCCAAGCUGGGUGGGGAUCCCACAUUCUGCGCUGCCAAGAACAUGCAAAUAGAAAAGGCACACAUCACCUUUAGCCCAGGUCAACGAACGAACUCAGUAUCCUCUCAAGUAAAGAAGAAUGCAGGGCAAAACCCUUCGACUCAAUGGUUUUGGCUACCGGAAAGCUGACAACAACAAUUCCCUCUGGAAGUUGAAGGGCAUUAAUCUCAACGGGAAAAAUGACGACAAGCGACAAUCAGUGACAGAAUUCAUCCAAGAGAAGAGCCGGAAAGUAGGAGAAACAACAUUAGGGCCAGGCGGCGGUUUAGGAAUUGGGUGUGGCGUCGGUGUGGGUCUUGGAGCAAUUGGUGGUCUAGGUUUAGGUGGUUCGGAUUGGAACCAUCUCAAACUGGUUUUUGGAGUGGGUAUGGGUUGCGGUGUUGGUAUCGGGUUCGGGUAUGGACAAGGGAUUGGUGUUGGGUUUUCAUGGGACGAAUUUAAGUCCAGAUUUUUUGAACCCAAAAGUAGUUCCAGAAGGCCCUUUGUAAUUCAAAUCUGAACUCUUUUUGGCUAUUUUCUAUUUCCAGAAGCUUC